CCUGUAUGCUAGAUAGACGUAUUUAUGUUCUUUUACAUGAUGAUGAUGCGUUUUCGCUUUGUUACGUUAGGCCUAACAUUUUUAUCGGUGCAUCUAAUAUGUUGUCGUGGCGAGUCGUUAGAGGGUAGUCAACCAGAAUACGUAUCACAAAAAUCAAGAGUCUCUCUGACCUGCAACCCUGAUGAAAUUCUAGUAAAUGUGGUCUUCAAUGAGCCUUUCCAUGGAGUGAUACAUGCUGGUGAUAAGGGUAGCAGUUGCAAGAUAUACGGUACUGGUGACACAAAUUACAGUCUGCACGUACCUUUUAACGACUGUGGAACCAAACACGUUUGUCCAGCUGGCAGUUUUUCCAACGUACUAACCAUCAGAUUUCACGGAUCUUUGGAGCUUGAUGGAGACGAGAUUAAAACAAUUGUUUGUCGGUUCGGGACAGGCACGUUCAGAAGAUAAACUUUAAGAAAGCAUCUACAAAAGAUAAACGUUAGCCAAGAAGCUAGAAUAGUAAGGAUAGAGAUUGAUUGUCUUUUGUUUCGAAGCACAAGUGACAACUUGACAAAGUUGUUUGGAUUACGACGUGAACUUUUUAUAAGGUGUUUUAAUGGAAUUAUUCCAGUUUUUAUAUUUUUUUAAAUACUU